AUGACAAUACGAGCAGCGCUCAUUGUCAACAACCACGGCAAGCCGCGGCUCACCAAGUUCUAUACCCAGCUUCCCGCUUCGAGGCAGCAAGCACUGAUCAAGGAGAUCUUUCGACUUGUAUCCAAGCGACCCGAGGGUGUGUGUAACUUUCUCGACGCAACAGAGCUUACUGCUCUGCUUCCACCGCCCGCCGACGCAGUUCGCUUUUCGUCUUGUCUCAGCAAAGUCAAGAGCGAAAAGGGUUCAGUCUCAUCCGGCUCACCUUCCGCUGCAUCGCAAGAUCAGCUGCGUGUUAUCUAUCGACACUACGCAACGCUUUACUUUGUGUUUGUUGUCGAUUCGAGUGAAAGCGAACUGGGUAUAUUGGAUCUCAUCCAGGUUUUCGUGGAGAGCUUGGACCGAUGUUUUGAGAAUGUAUGCGAGCUGGAUCUCAUCUUCCACUUUGAUGAGGUGCACGCUAUCCUCAACGAGGUCAUUCAGGGAGGAUUGGUGGUGGAGACCAACAUCAACGAGAUCGUUGCAGCGGCGCAGGCGACCGCAAGAGCAAGGAAGGCUUCCGUGGCUCAGUCUGGCGCUGGUGGAGUAGCAGCAGGUGCAGCAGGUCUCGCAAACCUCACCCCUGCAAGCUUGAACCUGUCCAUACCAGGUUCAAAUUCCUCAAUCCCUUGGCCAAGAGGUACUUUCAUGGUAGAUGCUAUCUCCAACUUGGGCAACCAGUACCUGGGUCGCUCUUCCAGUCGUCGUUCAAGUCGUCAGUAA